AUUAACCUUUGCUAUUCUACCGCUCGUUGUUAUUUAAAGAAAAGGUGCAUGAUAGCCUUUCGCUUUCGAAAACUUCGCCUUCCUUCUGUAUAAAUUUUCGCAUACAUUUUUGUUAGCAUGGUAUGGUAUAUGACUAUACAAUUCUUUUGAAAACAUAAGUCGUCUGCGUUUCGAAAUUAUUAUUGACAUUAGUUAAGAACUCUAAGAUGGCGAACCGCUUUCGACAAUUUCGUCUUCUCCUUUGGAAGAAUUUCAUUCUACAGAUUCGCAGACCUAUUGGAACAACAUUCGAAUUACUGGUUCCUCUGGCUAUUGUCUGUGUUCUUAUCAUACCGAAACUGUUAAAUGGUGACCGCGAUCAAAACGUAUCAUUGAAGCAAACAGAACAGCAUUGUUUCUCAACAUUUGAGCCUAUGUUUCUGUCCCAAAAUUUGAAGUUGGACGUAUUCAAGUACCAAUACCCACCGCGGAAGAAUAAUUACAACAACACGUUUUUAGCAUUUUAUCCUCCAGGAGAUCCAGUCGCCUCUCUGAUGUCUAAGGUCUCCAGGACUAUAGCGGUUAGAGUGACUAAUAAAAGCGUGAUACAUGCCGGCAAAUCUUUUACAAGUAUUGAUGAUGUCAUAGCGGAAGUAAGAGAGCAUGACGAUGUUUAUGUUGGUGUGGUASUGUUUGAUAUAAAAGAAGGUCAAUCUGAAUUACCAAAGAAGUUGAAGUACGCCAUUCGAUUAACAACUGAACGCUGGGAAAGAUGGAGAACAGAUAAAACAUAUCCAGGUUGGCAAAGCCCAGGACCAAGCCAAUAUUCUCAAUAUACAAGUAAUUCGAGGUUUAUAUACAUCCAAUAUGCAGUUGAUAUGGCUAUUAUCCAGGAAAAGACCAACAUCUCCUCCGUACUACCUUUGAAUUUACAGCGAUUUCCGUACCCUGAUUACAUUACKCGUCGGAAUGUUUAUUCUGGCGGAAUAAUAGAGCUGAUGCCUUUGCUAUUCACUUUGGCAUUCAUCUAUUCUGCUAUGUCAAUAAUUAAGGAAAUUGUUUUCGAGAAACAAAACCGUUUGAAAGAGUCCAUGAAAAUGAUGGGUCUAGCCAACUGGGUCCACUGGGCAGCCUGGUACAUCAAAUGUUUAUUGUUCUUAAUGAUCAGUCUUGUUUUUACUACUGCGAUCUUAAAGGGCUUCGAGAUAUUUGAACAUACCAAUGGCUUUUUGUUAUUCUUGUUUUUGUUGUUGUAUGCGAUGUCGGGUAUUUCCUACUGCUUCUUCAUCAGUGUGUUUUUUUCCUCUCCACCUCUGGGUAUGUUGUUUGGUUCUGUGCUGUGGAUUGCUGCCUUAGUUCCUGGAUUAAUCUUAAGUACAUUUAAUAAUGAGUACGAUCAGCUUGAUUGCCAUUUGAUUUCAAAUUCUGAUUAUCAGUUAAAGAUCCAGAGAAGGCUCCUAGUAAUGGGCUCCUGCUUUCAGGAAAUUGUUUUCGAGAAACAAAACCGUUUGAAAGAGUCCAUGAAAAUGAUGGGUCUAGCCAACUGGGUCCACUGGGCAGCCUGGUACAUCAAAUGUUUAUUGUUCUUAAUGAUCAGUCUUGUUUUUACUACUGCGAUCUUAAAGGGCUUCGAGAUAUUUGAACAUACCAAUGGCUUUUUGUUAUUCUUGUUUUUGUUGUUGUAUGCGAUGUCGGGUAUUUCCUACUGCUUCUUCAUCAGUGUGUUUUUUUCCUCUCCACCUCUGGGUAUGUUGUUUGGUUCUGUGCUGUGGAUUGCUGCCUUAGUUCCUGGAUUAAUCUUAAGUACAUUUAAUAAUGAGUACGAUCAGCUUGAUUGGAGUGCGAAAGCAGCAAUGUGCCUGCUUCCCAACAGUGCCCUUUCAAUUGGUGUUAGAUUAAUCACGCGSUUUGAAGGCUUAAAUGUUGGGAUUACAUUUAAAAGCAUCAAUGAACCKUAUACCCCAGAAGACACAUUUACCAUGGCCUGGGUUUUUGKCAUGAUGCUAAUAUCUAGCGUUGUGUAUAUGGUGCUGACUUGGUAUAUCGAAGGCAUAUUUCCUGGAAAGUAUGGAAUUUCAAAACCAUUCUACUUUCCUUUUUUAAAAUCGUACUGGUGUGGUUACUCUGAUGAUGACCUAAUCAAAAACAAUGAUAAAAUGAAAGGAGAUGAAGAACUUCACCAUAGCCAUGACGUAGAAGAUGAACCUGCUGACCUAGAAGUAGGCGUUGCCAUAAAGAAUCUGAGAAAAGUCUUUAAGGGAUCAACCGGGGCCAAGGUUGCAGUUGAUGGCCUUUCCUUGAAGAUCUUCAAAGGCCAAAUCACAGCACUGUUGGGCCAUAAUGGAGCCGGGAAGACAACCACUAUCUCCAUACUAACUGGCCUCUUUCCGCCAACUUCUGGUUCAGCUGUGAUAGGAAAUAAAAGCAUUUUGACAGACAUCGAUGCUAUACGAGAGAGUYUGGGACUUUGCCCACAGCAUAACGUGUUAUUUGAUCGACUCACUGUCAAAGAGCAUUUGGAAUUCUUUGUCAACUUAAAGGGUAAAUACGGUCAGGCUGCCAAGGACGAAGUGAUGAGCAUGAUUACAGAUAUGCAGCUUCUUGAUAAAACAAAUGARAAGUCUCGCACAUUGUCUGGAGGGAUGAAGAGAAAACUCAGCUGUGCCAUUGCCCUUGUAGGAGGGUCGGAAACGGUAUUUCUGGAUGAACCCACAUCGGGAAUGGACCCUUAUGCACGAAGAGCCACCUGGGAUUUAUUGUUGAAAUACAAGGCUGGUAAAACUAUUAUCCUGACAACGCAUUUCAUGGAUGAAGCUGAUUUCUUGGGAGAUCGCAUUGCUAUCAUGGCUGAUGGUCAAUUGCGGUGCUGUGGAUCUUCUCUCUUUUUGAAGAGCAGGUACGGAGUUGGUUACCAUCUGACAUUGGUCAAAAAGGAAGGCUUCAAUGAGAACGUCGCCAUCAAUGCUAUUAAACGAGUUGUUCCAUCAGCUGAAAUCCUCAGCAAUGUUGGCUCUGAGUUGGAGUUGGUCCUAACCAGAGAAGCAGCAAAGUCUUUUGAGUCUUUAUUCCUCGAACUGGAAAACAAGAAAGAAGAAUAUGGGAUUGCCAGCUUUGGAGUGUCUGUCACGACUAUGGAAGAAGUAUUCAUGAAAGUGGGAGAGGGAUCAGAGAAAACCGUCGAAGACGUUGCGAUUGAUCACCAGCAACACAGGGAUACCGACAAUAUCAUUGAGAUGUCAAAUAAUGGAGAACCUAAAAUGGGAGAAUUAUUGAAGGGGCUUCCAUUAAAAUGGCAACAGUACAAAGCAAUGUUAAUGAAAAGGUUUCUCAACUCCAAACGAGAUAAGAAAGCAGUUGUUACCCAAUUACUAGUCCCUCUUGUGAUGAUUCUCUUCGGCUUGCUAAUAGCCGAUAUCAACUUUUCAUCGAGUAAUAAAAUAGAACCUCCGCGUGUACUCUCUCURUCCAAUCUYAGCACUGAUGACAGCAAUGUGGUCGCAUUCCAUGCAGAUUUCAGCCAACCUAAAAAGGACUUUAAGGUCGCWARAGAUUUUCUUAAAACUAUUCGUGUCGAUGCAAGAGACAUCCUAGAUGACGUCAAAGCUAUACAUUUGGGAAACGCGAACAACAGCAUUGAAGUCAAAGGAACAAAAUACACCUACACGACGCCCACCAUAAAUAAARCUACAGCCUGCUGUGACUAUCAGUUUCUCAUCUUAAAUAAAAAAUGCAAAAGUGACUUCAUGAACAAGUCACUAACUUCUAAAGUAUGCUCUAAGAAUAAAAACUUUGGAUACACAAAAUGCAAUGACUCGGGGCUAUCAUGGAGUACCUUUGAUUACUAUAGCUAUAGCCGGUGCGCAAAUUCUCUGAGAAAAACAAAUCUCGAUGACAUGAACGUGUACUUCAGUGAAUAUGUCCUAGAGAAAAGUGACAACAAGAAUUACUUUAAGAAACACGUGGCUGGGUUUACAUUUGGGCCUGCUCCUACGAUCAAGAAUUUCACCGCCUCUUAUAACGGAACCAAUAAAACUAAAUCUGUGGUGGUCAUGCCUGACACAAAGUCCACAGUCUGGUACAGUAACAAGGGCUAUCAUACCAUCGCUGAUGCACUGAAUGCMAUGUCCAAUAUAUUGUUACGUCGACAUUCUAGACUUGAUGACUUCAUCGAAACUACUAAUUACCCGAUACCAGCAAAGAAAAAGGCAAGAGAGGAAGGGGCGGAGUAUUACCAACUGUAUUAUCUGGCAAUUUUUCUUGCAAUGGGUAUGGCUUUUAUGGCAGCAAGUUUCAUCAUAUUUCUAGUCCAAGAACGUUCUUCCAAGGCAAAACACUUGCAGUUCGUAAGUGGUGUUGAUGCAGUCUGCUACUGGUUGGCGACCUACACUUGGGAUUACAUUAACUAUUUGAUUUCUACCAUUUUUGUUCUAAUACUUAUCGCUUCUUUUCAACUCGAUGCGUUCAAAGAUGAUCUCGGAACUGUGCUCUUGCUAUUGCUUUUGUUUGGAUUGUGCGCCUUACCGUUUAUCUACUGCCUAUCGUUCUUAUUCACAUCUCCGCUCAUUGCGUAUGCGUUAACAGUAUUYAUCCUKUCCAUCUUGAGCUUGGCAAUGCUGAUUACCGUGUUUGUAUUUCGGUUAAUGGGAGACUUUUCGGAAAAGUAUAAAGAGGAUGCAGAAAUCAUGCAUAACGUUUUCAUGCUGUUCCCCACCUAUACGCUGUCUAUUAGUUUUCAUGACAUGUCCCUCAACUACAAACGAAGAACGUCUUGCACAAUUUCCCCUGAGGCUAUUCGAAAUUGUAAGUCUAGAAACACUACGUACACGAAAAAUCCGCUAGAUUGGGACAUGCCUGGUGUUGGACAAGAAGUUCUCUUCAUGUUUCUAGAAGCGAUUGUACUUUUUAUUUUGACAAUUCUGAUCCAGGUCAACUUUCUUGUUGGAAUUGCUUCAAAAGAAAAUUCAGAGAACGCAUCAAAUUCUGGCGUGAAUCGCGAUGAGGAUGAAGAUGUCCGUGUAGAAAGACAACGCGUGCUUGGACUGGACAAAGAAAACAUUGAAAAAGAAUCAGUUGUAAUCAAAAAUCUCACCAAGGUAUAUCGUGGAUCAAACAGAACUGCUGUUGAUCAUCUUUGCAUCGGAAUACCAAGAGGGGAAUGCUUUGGACUUCUUGGUGUAAAUGGUGCUGGAAAGACAACGACUUUUAGUAUGCUGACUGGUGACCAGAGCAUCACUGAAGGCUCAGCCUACCUUGAUGGCUAUAACUUACAAACUCAGCUCAGACAAGUGCAGCAACGCAUUGGAUAUUGUCCUCAGUUUGAUGCAUUGAUUGAAAGAAUGACCGGUCGUGAGAUGCUCAAAAUGUACGCCCAAUUGCGUGGUGUACAUCCUUCAAAGAUAGACGAAAUUGUCUCUUCAACAAUAAGCAAGUUGAACCUUGGAAAAUGGGCGGACAAAUUGAGUGGAAACUACAGUGGUGGHAAUAAACGCAAACUCAGCACUGCGAUUGCACUGGUUGGAGAUCCYCCGAUUGUGUUCUUGGAUGAACCUACUAGUGGAAUGGAUCCUGUUGCAAGGCGAUUUCUAUGGAAUGCAUUAAUUCAUGUUAUGAAAGGUGGUCGAUCUAUCGUUUUGACAUCACACAGCAUGGAGGAGUGUGAGGCUUUGUGUACCCGUCUUGCCAUCAUGGUCAAUGGUCAAUUCAAGUGCAUCGGUAGUACGCAGCAUCUAAAAAGCAGAUUUGGUACUGGUUAUACACUUAUGAUCAAAGUAAAAGGUCGCAACCAAACUGCUAACUCAGUUGCUACAGUAUCACAAGUAACCCCUGCGGUGUCAGACGUGGUCUACGUCAAUCCAACUGCAAGUAGUCUUACAGACGUACAUGAUCCAGGGUACCCUAUGCACAAUGCAGCUGUUCCACAGCAGCUGAAUACGCCGCCUGUUGCUUUUCUUCCACCUCCAUCAGACGGAGCUUACCCUCAACAGCUGGUACUCCCUAUGGAUACUGACGCUGCUGCUGUUUCUAAGGCAAAGUCUUUCAUCGAGGAGACCUUCCAAGGAGCUGUUCUAAUGGAAUCACAUAGUGGGAUGUUGACAUAUCACAUAAUCAACGAGGAUUUGACUUGGUCGCAGAUAUUUGGAAAUCUGGAGAGAAACCGUGAAAUGCUUGGAAUAGUGGACUACAGUGUUAGUCAAACCACUCUUGACCAGGUAUUUAUCAAUUUCGCUAAAGAACAGCAUUCUGAAGAAAGAACGAAAGUGAAACGAAAGUGUGGAUGUCUACCUUGUUGUUGAACAAACACAGUCUGGAACGCAACUCAGGAUAGAGAUCCACGAUAAAUCAGAUAU